AUAUGUGUACGCUAACGGAACCAACCACAGCGACUCGGGAGCGUGUGCUGUCGGACGGCGUCAUGUAGCGGGUCAUGUAGGCGCUAAUGUGACACACGGUUACUCACAAAACCGCGCAGUUAGCAUGAGAGCUAACGAGCCUCGAAAGAACAACUCAAGAUGCCCCCUAAAGCCAAGGCGGCAGGCAGAGGCAGAGCCCCUGCCAAGAGGAAACUGGCAGAGGAGUUUCCUCCUGGAGAAGUGCUGAAGGACACCAUGAAGAAGGAAUGGAAGCUGGGGGCUCCGAUCGGUCAGGGGGGCUUUGGGGUCAUAUACUUGGCCGAGGAAAAUUCUGCAAACCCCGUGGGUGCUGAUGCUCGCUAUGUCAUCAAAGUGGAGCCUAUUGACAAUGGACCGCUUUUCUGCGAGCUCGCGUUUUACAUGAGAGCUGCCAAGCCGGAUCUCAUUCAGAGCUGGAUGAAGUCCAGGAAGCUGAAGAACCUGGGCGUGCCCCGGUACUGGGGCUCGGGUCGACAUGAGAGAGGGGGUCAAAGAUACAGGUUCAUGGUCAUCGACAGACUUGGCACAGACCUGCAGAAGAAGUUUGAGGAAUGCGGAAGGAGAUUUCCCAGAAAGCUGGUCCUGCAGCUCGGCCUUCGACUGCUGGAUACUCUGGAGUACAUCCACGAGCACGAGUACGUGCACGCUGAUGUGAAGGCGUCUAACCUCAUGUUGAGUCACAGCGACCCCAACCAGGUUUACUUGGUAGAUUAUGGACUGGCCUAUAGGUACGCACCUGAAGGUCUGCCCAAGGAGUACAAGGAAGACCCCAAGAAAUGUCACGAUGGUACCAUCGAGUUCACAAGCAUCGACUGCCACAGAGGAGCAUCCGCGUCCAGGCGCAGCGACCUGGAGAUCCUGUCCUACUGCAUGGUUCAGUGGCUGUGUGGCCGGCUGCCCUGGGAGGACAAGUUGCAAGACCCGCUGUACGUCAGAGACGCCAAGAUCCGGAGUCAAGAAAACAUAAGCGAGUUCAUGGCCAAGUGUUUCUCCUCUCAAGACAAACCAGAUGAGAUACAGCGGUUCAUGGAGGAGGUGAAGUCUCUGGGCUACACAGCCAAACCACCCUACGACAAGCUGCGCUCUAUCCUGCAGGCUGGACUGAAGACCAUCGGUCCUAAAGAGGACGGCAAGCUGGAGUUCACCUCUGCCAGUGGAGCAGCGGCGCCUCCCACCAAGAAGACGACCAAAAGAAAGUUGGCAGCCGAUAGAGCGGAGGAGAGCGAGGUGGAUUUGAGUCCCGUCAAGAAAAAGAGAGUCACAAAGAAGAACGACAGACCAAAGAAAAGUCCCCAAAAGACUCUGAAAUCCAGGAAGGUGCCCAGCAGUGACCCCAAAUCCAGACUUGUGGAAAUGGGAACCCAGACAUCACCCGGACUUGCCCAAAAAUCCAGAGGCAGACCCAAGAAAACGAGCACCUGAACAUCCACCUCACUCCUCCUCUCAGGCUUUUAUGUUGGAUUUACUUUGGGCUGGUACACUGUUACACUGUGCUAAUAGAUGCUGAUGUUUGAUUGCAUUGUAACAAUAAAGAGAUAACGACAUUGA